CGAAAAAGCAGAAAAAGUAAUCAAAGUUAUUUUUAGUUUUAAGGUAGAGAAUGAUGAUAAUUUUAGAAAUCAAACCGAAACGGAAAUGAAUAAUUGUAAAGAAAUGGAUGGUAAGGUUGAAAAAGUAUUAGAUGAGACCGUUUAUCUAAAAAAAGAUGGUAAAUUUACUCCGGAAGCCAUGGCUCGGUUCCUUUAUGAGGAAAAAACUGGCACAUCUCACCAAUUUGCGAAAAAAGAGCAAAAAACCGGUAAUACUCCAACUGAAACAAGCCAUUGA